UUCGUGGAGUCAUAAAGUACAACGUGUUAAAGAUUUAAUUGUGAUCUUAAAACGUCAAUCGUCCUAAUUUCAAAAAAAAAAAAUAUUUCAAAAAAUUUAAAAUGUCAGAGAUAUGGAAUGGAAAAACUUACCAGUUGACUGAGUCAAAAGACUUGGAGAAGUUUUUAAAAAAAUUUGGCAUUCCAGAGGCAUCCUGUAAACUCGCUGCCACAAUAAAACCAUUGGUGGAAAUGAAAAGAGAAGGCGAUCAAUACACAAUCACUACGACUUCAGUCUUUGACAAAAAGACCAAAAAAGCAACCUCUUCAUUCAAAUUGAAUGAGAAAUUCGACGAUACAUUUUUUGGAGAUUUUAAAAUAAAAUCCAUCGUUACAAUGGACGGGGACAAAAUGGUCUCAAAACUAGAACUUAAUCCACCAACAACUCUCGUCCGUGAGUUUGAUGAAAAUAACAUGAUAUGCACAAUGACCGCUGGAGACGUCAGUUGUGUCCAGACAUUUGCUAUGCAAAAAUAAACAAACAACCAUUAUCUCUGAAUACACAUCAAUCACAAGCAUCAAUACUAGAAGAUUUUCAGUAAUCGUGUCUAGCUUUCGUGAUACAAGUAUUCAAAAAAGUAUGUUCAGUUCAAAAAUAAAGGAGCUAUUGUGAAUGAUAUAUA